AUGGCCGCCAUCCACCGCCCAGCGCACCUCACGCACCACGCGGCCAAGCUGGCGUCGGCAGCGUGCAUCGAGAAGGCGGAGGCGAUCGGGGUGCCGAUGAACAUCGCCAUCGUGGACGCGUCGCUGUACCUGCUGCACUUCGAGCGCAUGCCGGGCGCGAAGCUCACCUCGGUCGACAUCGCCAUGAACAAGGCCUUCACCGCCGCGGGCCACCGCGCCCCGACCUCCGUCUACAAGGAGGCCGUGUGGCCCGGCGGGCCCGCCUUCGGGCUCAACAGCAGCAACGGCGGCCGGUUCAUGUACGUGGCCGGAGGGAUCCCGAUCGUGAUCGAGGGCGAGGUCGUGGGCGCGGUGGGAUGCAGCACCGGCACCCCGUCGCAGGACACCAAGGUCGCGCAGGCAGGUGUCGAUGCCGUCAUGGCUUACGUCGAGAAGAAUAGCCAGCUGAAGAGCAAGUUAUAA